AUGCCGGAGUCGAGCAGGCCGAUGAUGGCGUCCGCCGCAGGAGACGAUAAUGAAACGUCGGUGGGUGCCGCGUUGCUGACGCGCGGGGGCCCGGCGGCGACUGGGACACGAAGCAGGGACGGAGGCAGCCCCGAGCAGUGCCCAUGCGGUGUCGGCGGCGCACGGCGGAGGGUAAGCAGAGGUGGAACAGAAGGGGAGCAGCGUGGCUAUGGAUUGCAAGGAGCGGCAAAGCUUGUGGUAGUUGCAAAAUUAGUGGCUGCGCUAGGGAAUCUGCAAGGUGAUAGGAUUGGGAAGACCGGAAGAGACGUUCAGGAAGAAAUAAGCCUGAACGAGGAUGGUAGCCUGUUCUGGAAGCUCGUGGACAUACCUAGCCCAAGCUGUUGUACGGCGUCCGAUCUAUAUCCAAUGGCCAAGAAAUUUUCGUUGACGUGGCCCAAUGGAUGGCCUGAGCUUGGCCCUGCUUUCGUCUUGUAG